AUGUUUGUCCGGUCGCGCCGCCUGCUGCUGAUUACAGUCGCUCUGGGUCUCUGCUUCUUUCUGCUCCACCGACCAGCGAAUCCGCGAGUGGUCGAUCGUCCGCCGCAAGACCACGCUGGCAACAGCACGAUAGGCUUUCAACAAAUAUUCGCCCUGUCGCACCGCCCCUCAUGGCGCACCCGUGGGCUCGACGCUGCUGCUAACCUGACGGGGCUGGACAUCACCAUCCCACCACAGCCCCCCGUGGACGAUCGUCUUGCUGAGGCGUUUGCAAGCAUCGAGCCCCACAUUGUCGAUGCGCAGCAGCCAGCGCCCGGGGCAAGCAAGGCAUGGCUCGCACAUCUGGACUUGCUCAAGCAUGUCUACCAGUUGGGCGUUGAAACUGCCUUGAUCCUCGAGGACGACGCCGACUGGGACACGGCACUACAUCAACAAAUGCAAAACAUCUCUCUGGCGGUGCGCAAUCUGACCAACGUUGCAGAGACCGACUUGACGCCUUAUGGUGAUAGCUGGGACGUGCUCUGGCUUGGGCAUUGCGGCGAACAGUGGGAUGACCAGCUCGAGACCGUAGUCUUUGACGACGCCCAUGUGAACCCGCAUCAAGACUACCAUGGCUUCUGGCCGGACGAGCUGGCUCGUCUACCGGAUCUCAAGCGGGCAGUCUACUGGUCCUCCAGCCCCGUCUGUACCUUUGCGUACGCUGUCUCCCACGAGGGCGCCCGGAAGAUUCUGCAUGUGGCCGGCGCUGGCCAGGAUGAGGCGUUUGAUGUCAAGCUGCAGCACGAAUGCCAGAGCCAGCGCCUUGCGUGUAUCUCGGUGGUGCCAGAAGUCUUUCACCAGUACUUCCCGCCGCCCGAGUUUGACGUCAAGAGCGAUGUGGAUAUUGGCAACCACAAGAGCAAGGACAAUGCGGCGCAGGACGAAGCAUUCGAAUCGCUUAUGGGCUCUACCGAGAACAUCGUGUACAGUGCCCGGUGCCAGGCGUUGUGGGGGAAGCAGUGUCCACGUACAGAGGGAUGA